UGGAGGAGCAGUGAAUCAGGAGGAUGUCUAAACAGCAGAGUGCCCCAGACCAGCUGGCUGCAGGGAAGAGCCAGGGUGGAGCUGGAGCCACGUUUAAGGUGGUGCUGUUUGAGUUUGAAAACUUCCAGGGCACCAAGGCAGAGCUGUCUGCAGAGUGUAAAGAUGUGACGGAGAAGGGGCUGGAGAAGGUCGGAUCGGUCAUCGUCGAGUCAGGACCCUGGGUGGGUCAUGACCGACAUGGAUUCACAGGGGAGCAGUUUAUUCUGGAGAAGGGUGAAUAUCCACGCUGGGACACCUGGACCAAUAGUCAGCGCAGCUACACCCUCUUGUCUUUGAGGCCACUCAAAGUGGACGGUGCUGAACACAAGCUACACUUGUAUGAGAACCCUGGGUUCGCCGGCAGGAAGAUGGAGAUUGUUGAUGAUGAUGUGCCAAGUUUGUGGGGCCAUGGUUUUCAGGACCGUGUAGCAAGUGUGAAGGCUCUUAAUGGAACGUGGGUCGGCUACAUGUACCCAGGGUACCGGGGUCGACAGUUCAUCUUCGAACGGGGGGAUUUCAAGCACUGGAACGACUGGGAGGCCCCCGUUCCUCAGAUCCAGUCUGUCCGACGUGUGCGGGACAUGCAGUGGCACAAGAGGGGCUGCUUCAUCGUUCCAGACCCUGCUCCUGCUCCCGGCCCCGAUCCGGAUCCUGCCCCAGCUCCUCCCGCGCCUCCUGCUGCAGCUGGAGCCAGCUGAGCAGGAUCUUCGCCUGCCUCCUAAAUCCCACCCUGCCUGAAGUGCCUGCCCUCUGCCUUAUCCUAACCCACGGCAAACGCUGCUCGCGCCCAGAGACCAGUGCCAUGCAUCAGGUUUCAGUGGCAAAUAAAAGUUGUUUGACCUGGA